CGCUCAACAACACAACACUUUGGCCGCGAGAGGCGCUCGACGCGCACAGCCCUUUUUUAGUGUCACUUUAUAUUAGUCGUUCUACCUACCCUCCCAUGGAUUCAGUAUGAAACCUCGUCGACCCGGCACUGACUGGUGAGCCGUGAAGCCAUCGCCAAUCCCGGCCCCCGCAGCCUCCCGCUUUACUUCUCGACGACGUCUAUCUUCACUACUCUGUUAGCCUUGAGCAAACAAUUGGAAAGUCGACCAAAAUGCCUGAUAUCCAUCCAUUUGGAGGUCGAAUGAGCCGAGCGUUUGGUAGAUCGCUUGCUCCGGAAGAUGCAUACUUGAGCUACUACGAUGUCCGAUGUCGGUGUUCCUUCGUCCCGUUUAACUGUGCUUGAAUGCUCUCCCACAACAAAGAACACCUGCUGAGACAGAGAGAGGACACAGUGACAAGAGAAGAUAUAUCAGUGCUAAAGAAUGAUUGGUUAACGGACAAUGUAUGGUUGUGUCCAGUGUUACGAUAACUAGGCUGCUGAGGCUGACGGUCUUGGUGCCUGUACAGGUCAUCUCAUUCUGGGAAGAGUAGGCACAUCCCACAACCUGUCAAGGAGAGACAUAAGACCUGACAAGCACGUGCUACAAGGUAUCUGGAGCGAGAAUAUCUCACCAACUACAAGCACUCGCAUAUUGUCCUCCUCCGCCCUACUAUGUCCUUCAUGCUCAUGCAGACCCCGGAUCCUAGGACCAUAAAGGACGCUCUCCCGGACUUCACCAACGUCACCCAUAUAUUCCUCCCCAUCAACGACAAUCACUCUGCGUCCAUCGCCGAGGGCGGCACUCACUGGUCACUGCUUCUAGUCUCCAUCGUUGAUGGCGUCGCAUUUCAUUAUGACAGCAUGCCCCCCGGAAACCAGAAUGAAGCACACUAUGUCACCCAAAAGUUCUCGAGACUCAUCAACAGACCUCUUCGGUUCAUCCAAUUGACCGACUCGCCGUUACAGGACAACUCGAGUGAUUGCGGGGUGUUUGUCUGUCUUAAUAUGAGGCACCUGCUCCUGAAAAGGCUCCUGAUGGUCAGAACGGAUGCGAAGGUUAGCAUGAGUCUGGGCGGGAGGAGGGUGGAUGCCUCGGCCGGGAGGAAGGAGAUGCUCCGCAUUAUCGAGGAGUUUCGCAGAGAGGGCGAGAGAAGAAGGUCGAUAAGCAAUUCUCCUCACCCGGGCCGAAAGUCAAAAUCACCGCCGCGAAUAGACUCGCCGAACACGAGAGCAAAAAGCAACGAACCAAUGAAUUGAUCUUGAUACGGGGGCUUGACACGACACGAAGAGACGACUUCAAAGCAUGUAUUACCUGGUUGAUAAAGUACAGACAACUACAGACUUGAGAUCCGGGAGAGAUUGUGUUGUGGCGCAAGCAUAUGUAAUAAGGAGAAAUCGAUAAGGUUGUCCAUGAACCGCGUCCUAAGGAGUGGUGGGUUAGUGCCACGUCUCACGGUAUGUUACGAUAUCGGCUGAGACGGUCAGAGACGAUGGUCCGGUUCCUGUGGAGUGGAAGGCAUUUUGAGAUGAUGGACCCAAGACGACAUCGGCCCGUCAGGCGCGAUGGCGAGGCUGGCCCAUGUGGUUCGUUCCUGAUGCUCGCUCGGGCAGACAGAUCCAGUCUCCUCGAGUAUCAACGUCGGUCCGUCUUUGGCAAGGUCUUUCUAUCUAGCGCGACCUCCCGCAAGGAAUUCUCCCAUAUGACUUGACCUAUCUUCCGACUCGCUGCCGACGCGCGCCCUCCAGUGUGGCCCAGCUUGGAGGAACGAGGAGAAGGCUAAGAAUACGAGGAAAAGUGCAAUUUUGUCAAUGCAUGCUGUAGACUGCUGAUCUUGGUCUCUACAUUCUUGUCUGGUUAUAGCUCUGCACGCGUUAUUCGAGAUCGCCGUUUAUACGAGGAUUGAUGUUGACACAAGCCAUCCC